GAUAAGGAGUGGUCAUUUUAACCCCUUUUCCCUUUCCUAAACUCUCCUGAAAAAAACAUGUUUUUAUUGAUUUUUUCUCUAUUAUUGCUAAUACUCCCUGUACACACGGUUCCAGUGGCAUGUUAUUAUAUUCUCAAUCAACCGGAUAUUUCAAAAGUGCCGAAAAAUCUGUGCACCCAUAUUAUAUUAAUCAAUUCGGCACAUGUUUCUGAAGAUGGGCGGUUGCAGGGAUUUGAGCAGGAUUUGGAGCAUUUUUCAGAGCUCUUUGAUGGGAAAAUUGAACUUUUUGUGUCAAUUACGUCUUCUAAUCCGUCUUUUUCGUUUUUGACUUCCAACACCACACUCAUGCACAAUUUUUCGAGUACAGUAACCCAAGUUCUACAAAAAUACCGACUGAAUGGAGUAGAUAUAGACUGGGAAUUUCCAGUGUGGAGUAGGGAUGCACAGAAGUCGGAUAAAGCUCAUUUCGCAACAUUUUUACGGAUUCUAAAAUCCCACCUAAAACCGGCUGAUCUCAAGCUUUCUGUGGCUGUAUCCGGGCCGCCAACUAUUUCCAGAAAAGCUUAUGACGUGGAUGCUCUGAAAAUGUACGCUGAUAUGGUCCAAAUUAUGAAUUACGAUUUCCACGUGUUCAACAGAUACAGUAACCCAUUUGUGGGGUUUAAUGCUCCGCUGCAUCCGAUGAGAGCAGAAAUUUCAGUGCUCGGGGAGAUGAAUGCGGAAGCUUCAAUGAAAACCUGGUACGACUUGGGCCUCCCGAGGAAUAUUUCAUUUUUCGGAAUCCCGACGUAUGCCAGGGCAUUUCAGCUUCUAACACAUUAUCUGCAUAAACCGUACAGCCCUGCAAUCAGAGCACGGCCUGAAAUUACUAAUCUGCCAGAUGUGUGCAUCUUUGCUCAAUCCGGGUACUACACAACAGUAUGGAAUCAUCACGCACAGGCUCCAUAUCUCUAUGGUGACGAUGGAAUUUGGGUGUCCUAUGAAAACCAGCAGAGCAUCCUUGCAAAAAUGGCGUUUGCUCGGAAGCUCCAAGUGGGCGGAGUCAUGGUUUUUUCGAUUGGGAGUGAUGACGUCACUGGGAAGUGUGGACACGGCCCAUACCCGCUUUUGACAAAAAUUUCGAAGCUGGCUAAUUUUUGAAUAUUCGAAAAUUUUUAAUUUGCUUUUUGCAUUAACUUUUUUUUAAAUUUUAUUUUUAAAAUAAAAUCUCAAAUUUCUCAAAAA